CAACCACGAACAAAGCCUCCACCGACCUCUCCUUGACCUCAAUCGUAACAUCUUCCCCCUCGACCUCGACAAUCCAAACAUGGACGCAGUCAAGGGCACCAUGAACAAGAUGGCUUCCGCGCUCCACAUCGGUGGUAAUCAGAGCUCGGAGCCAACAGCAGAGCCACCGACAGACUCUGAAUACGCCGAGCUCAAGAGCAAGUACGAACAGGCUGGUCAAGGCCAAGUCCUGUCCUUUUGGGAUGAUCUCAAGCCUGGAGAGAAGGGUGCAUUGUAUCAACAACUACAGCCAAUCGAUCCAGAGCACAUCAACAAGAUUACCGACCGAGCACUGAAUCCCCCAAAGGCGGAGAAUGAGGACGAGAAGCCGAAGCUUGAAGUGCUGCCCGAUACGGUCACCACAUCAACCAUUGACAGCAACGAGGAGGAUCUGAAGAAGUGGUACAGCUCGGGUCUGAAGAUGAUUGCGGACAACAAAGUCGGUGUCGUACUCAUGGCUGGUGGUCAGGGAACAAGACUGGGUAGCUCAGCGCCCAAAGGAUGCUACGACAUUGAGUUGCCGAGCCAUAAAUCUCUCUUCCAGCUGCAAGCAGAACGCAUCUGGAAACUGCAACACCUCGCCAGCAAGGAGCACAAUAAGGAGGAAGUGGUUAUUCCGUGGUACAUCAUGACUUCAGGACCAACUCGCAAGCCUACCCAAGACUUCUUCGAGGAGAACAAAUACUUUGGUCUCAGCCGUCACAACGUCAUCUUCUUUGAGCAGGGCGUUCUGCCGUGCAUUACCAUGGAGGGCAAGAUUUUGCUCGAGAGCAAGCACAAGGUUGCCGUGGCGCCGGACGGAAAUGGAGGGUUGUACUCUGCACUCAUUGGCUCGGGCAUUGUUGGAGAUAUGGAGAAGCGCGGCGUUCAGCAUAUCCACGCCUAUUGCGUCGACAACUGCCUCGUGCGUGUCGCGGAUCCAACUUUCAUUGGCUUUAGUGCUGAGAAGGGCGUCUCCAUCGCCACCAAGGUCGUGCGGAAGCGCAACGCAAAGGAGAGCGUCGGUCUGAUUGUGCAGAAGAAUGGGAAACCUGAUGUCGUCGAAUACUCGGAGAUCGAUGAGGAGACCGCCGAGGCCAAAGAUGCGAAGAACAGUGAAUUGCUCAAAUUCCGCGCUGCCAACAUUGUCAACCACUACUACAGCUUUGAGUUCCUGAACUCGAUCCCAGCGUGGAUGCACAAGCUCCCACAUCACGUCGCGAAGAAGAAGAUCCCUACUGUCGACGAGAAGGGUGCUCCAGUCAAGCCGGAGAAGCCCAAUGGUAUCAAGCUGGAGCAGUUCGUCUUUGACUGCUUCCCAUUCUUGGAGAUGGACAAGUUUGCAUGCAUGGAGGUCAAGCGUGAGGAUGAGUUCUCGCCACUCAAGAACGCAAAGGGCACUGGUGAAGACGACCAAGACACAUCGCGAAAGGAUAUCCUCCAGCAAGGUACCCGGUUCUUGAAGGCUGUUGGAGCGAUAGUGACCAGCGAGAAUCCAGACGAGGGGGUUGAGGUCAGCCCACUUAUCAGCUACGGCGGCGAAGGCUUGGAAUUCCUCAACGAGAGGACAGUCAAGGCGCCGGCUGUGAUUGAGAAGGAGGACUAG